UUUUGAGUUCUGUCGUCGUCCUCGUCGAAGCAAGGCUAUCUUCGAUCGGUGGCGCUCUUGCUCGAUCGUAUGAAAAAUUGUGAAAUCCGAUCGUGGACAGCACUCGGACCAGAAGUGAAGGUGAAAAGGGCGUGUCGGCUAGAAAGUCGGAUUGGCAAGUGGAAAACUGCAAUUCACAAAGGUGAAGAACCGACACGAAGUGGACAUACUUGUCCGAAGGACCGAACGCCAUUGUGAAAGUGUUGCCAGAAAGGGAUGAGAUGUGCACGCUGAAAAAAGAGUUCGGCCAUCUUCGAAAGGGCGAAGAAUACGGGUGCAGUGGCAUGCAGUUGCGGGCUGGAAAAUUGAUCGAGAUUAGAAAGAAGCUCCUGUUUGCAUCGCUUCGCGGCACGAACUUUGUCGGCGACGAACGACGACUGACGGAACUGAGGAACAAGAACGACGAGUUUUGUCAGCCCUGCGGAAUAUUGUGGUCCUUUAAUACUCCGAACGCACCUCACCAAGGAGGGAUCUCGGAGGUCAAAUCGAUGAAGCAACACUUGAGCGGAGUGCUCAACGGAUCUCACCAGAUGUACGAGGAGAUGUGAACGGUGCUGUACCGGGAAAAUGGUUCAAGGACCCGACUUUGCUGUACGAAGGAUUUCUGCUUGCCUUGAAGGAGGACAACUUACUGCCGCAAACGUGGAAGCUGGCACGGAUCGCCGAGCUCAGGAUCCGGUGGGAGAACGUUAACCCGAAUAUGGGUAGAUGUUAGUUGACAAUGUAGAGAAGGCACAGCCCUUGAGUUUUGCUUGACUUUAGUUUGAUUUUGUACCCGCGAGUUUAUGAAAUACAAAAUGUAGGUCAACUU